AUGGACACAGAAUCGAGAGUUGAAAUCAAAGUGAGCACCUCUUUUCCUUUUUGCAUUCCGUAAUGCUCUCAAUGUUGCAGCAUGACGACAGUUCAGUGGAAGACGAUGAAGAUCAAGAUGAGAAAGAGCCUCCGAUUAUGAAAUUAGACUUUGAGAAACUAUUCAAGAUGGCUGAAGAUCCUGACAUGGAAGAGCUGCUCAGGUCCCCGUUGGACCAAGCUUUGAUAAACUUGGAGUUAGUUUAAAAAAUAAUAUGUAACAAUUUUACAACUUUGUAGAAGUGGAUCCGAAGUCCAGAAGCUCACUUCCAUUCGGACAUUCCCAGACAUUCUGGAUUCGUCGGACGGAGAAAAGUGUCUACUGAAGAUGCUACCAGCCAUUCAAACUUGUCUCAAAGUGGAAAAGUCGAACCUCGAUCUUCACUGCGAAGCUGCCGUCAUUUACAAAUCAAUUAUUCAAAACGAUAAACUUGUCAAAAAGUUUCAGUAAGAACAGAUCUUAUUUUGUCUUUCCCAUGAAACUUUUCAGAGGAAUCGUGGAUCUUCUUCUCGAGAACAUUCUUCAGAAUAUUCAGAAUCAAAAAGAGCAUCGUAAGUGUGCAGAAGUGUGGCCGAAUGCAUUCUCUUCCUUCUGUUUUCUCUAUCCUCUUUCCAUUUCUAACCGUUUCCAGACACUCACGAAAAGGAAAAAGUUGUGAUAAAGGCGGGAAGUAGCGUCAACAACCAAAUGCACCACUGUAUGUCCUCCCUUAACAACGCCCCUGUUCUAGCACUAACACCGCUCCUAAAGAAAACAGAAUCGAAGUGUGGUCGGGAACUGAAAUUCAGAAAUGAAAUGUUUUCAGUGAGUGCCGCUGCUUGGUUGGAAACAAUCGUCGAAGUGGCAGAAAAGCUCUCUCUAAGCUCCAUAAAACAGUUUGUGAGUUCUGAAUUCAACUACAGCUACAAUCUGUUCACUUGCAGAUCAUUCCGGUCACACAGACGCAAGCAGAGCCAGUGCAAAGGGUACAAAGGAGGAUAAUCGCCACGAAGAUCAUUCACAAACUCGCGUUGUUCCUCCCUCCGAAUGAGUACAUUUUUUUAUUGUAUCACUUGAUAUAUUAUGAGUUUAGAAUCCGGAAAGACCUGUGUCCGAUCGUCGCUACCUUGUGCAACGAUGCAAAUUCGAACGUGAGAGUGGCCAUCGCUCAACGACUUUUCGUCAUUUCGAACGCAUUGAAGUACGCCGUUUAACCUCGAAAUCACCAAUCGUAAACAUUCCAGAAACUCGCAUGACGUCGUUUCCUGCUUGCUCUCUUCGUACGUUCAACUUCUGGGAGACGAGGAAAUGAAUGUGCGGGAGGCGGCGAUGAACAGUCUCACGGAGGCGUUCCCUCUCUUCACCAGAGGUACUCAUUCCAUUCAUUAUCAAUAUCAUCGUCUUUCAUUUCAGAUGCCAGAAAACAUACACUGUUCAGUACAAUUAAGAAACUGACGGAAGAGGCGUUGGAAAAGAAGAACGAAGGACUUCCGGUGAUAUCUCACAACUUCGGAAAGUGGUCGUGGGAACUGAAUGAACUGAUCGACCAGUUGGACAAGUCCUGGAUACUCAACACCUACUGCAAAAUGGUACAGAUUUCCGACGAAUUGUGCGAAGGACCACAAAGACUAUCCGAAACGUUUUGAAAAAGACGUGCUGCUUCAAUUAUCCGGUAUACUUUUCGACGAUGUUUCUCGUUUCACACCUCUGGUUUACAGUGCAUGCUGACAAUGUUCAAGAAACAAUUAGAUCGUCUUCUCCCUUUCCUUGAAAUGUUUUGCACUGAUCCCGGUAAACUGUCAUAGAGAUCGUCUCCCAAUCGAACCGUUACCAGAUGAAGACGUGCGGAUCUCCAUUGCCGCUUCCUACCACGAGAUCUUGAUCAUGUUCCCUGAUCGAACAGAAUUGAUUCCUCCCUUCAUUGAACUUCUUCACGGCGGCUCUUCCGAUGUGAUUGCCAAAGUGUCUUACAACCUCUCGAAGAUUUUACCACUACUUUACGAUAAUGUAAAGGAGAACCCUGGAGUGAGCUCGAGUUGCUUCGCCUCUGAUUACUAAUCGAUUCUAGAAAACUACCGUUCAACAGCUGGACCGACUUCUGAUUGGCUGCAAUCAAAUACUUCGGAACACGAGUUCAUGGAGGAGUCACGAAGCAUUUCUAAAGAGUCUGAAGACGUUACCCAACUGUGUGGAAGAAGAAACGAUCAUUGAUUCGUUCGUGCCGCUUCUCAAGAAAGAGAUUCUGAAUGUGGUAUUCAUUUCGAUCCUUUUCAUUCCUUUUCCAUAUUUAAUUUUGCAGAGAGCAAUUCCGUGCCGAGUAGCCGCGUGUGAAACACUGCUCAUUCUGAUGAGGAGCAUUUCACAGGAGAGCACGAGAACGGAGAUCAUCAAAUUCUUAAAUGAAGGUGUUUUCUGAAUAGAAGAGUUCCUUUUCACCAUAAACUUCAGAGCUCUCGAAGCACACUUGCUGCUACCGAAGGAUCACUUACAUCGACGUCGCUGAAAUCGUCCUCUCCGUUUACAGCAAACGGAUCUUUGUUGAGCACUUUCUGGAUGACACCCUUCGGCUCACUUCUGACCCCGUCUCAAACAUCAGGUUACCCUUUCCCUAUUCGAAAGUUAAUUGCAUCUGUCCAUUUUCAGAAUCCGAGCACUCAGGUUCCUUCCGAAAAUCAAAGCUAAACUGCGACUUCCGGAAGACGACGAAGUGCUGCUGAAGAUUGAGAACUUUGUGAAAGAACAGCUGAGGUCGCCGGAGCAGAACGAAGCCACGAGAGCAAUCAUAAAUCAGGUAGGGCAAAGAAGUAUUUCCUGAAGAGAAAUGACGGCAGUGCAGGCGGCUGUCGAGUUGUCGAGAUGCGAGACUUGUUCGGAUUCGCACGACGAUCAGAAAGCGAGAGAAGAAGAGGAACUGUGGGCUGAGAAGAAGAAGCAGAGAAAGAAAGACUCGAAGAUAAAGAAGCCGAGUAUCCGCAGCCGAGUGAGAACGAAAGAAACGAGGGAAGAGGAGGGCGAGGAGGAGGGAGAGUUCACGCGGGCUUCGGGGUAAGCAUCCCUCCAUCCAUCCGACCACAAGCGUCUUCUUUCCUUUCAGACUCCGUGUCCCAUCGUCCCCGAUCCGCUCAACUUCACCGUGGAGAACCGAGCGCAAGGCCAUCGCAGUCGUCCGUCCACAACCAGUGCUCACUGUCCGUGCCCAGUCUCCCUCUCCCAUGUCCUACCGUAGCCCCAGUCCUGCUCCGAAAGAAUCUGCGAUCCGUCCGAGUCGACUACCGCUGAGCUCAGCCGCGAAAGAACGGGACAAGCUGAGGAGAGCAGCGCCCGAUGCACCUCCACUGCCCGUCAGAAGUGCUCGAAGUGCUUCCGUGGUCGCCAGCAGGAGAUCUGACGCAAUGACGUCAUCCACAUCGUCAAUCGAAUCCAACAACUCCAAUUCGUCUUUCUCUUCCUUGCCCUCGUCCGGAUACGGUCUCCGUCGUUCGGCCACUUCCAGUAACGCCUUCGGAGGCUCAUCGUUCACUUCCACGUCUUCUUAUUCCCUGACGCACGCCCGUUCUUCCUCCAAUAUCCGUCGCCCUGGAUACGGUCUCUCUCACGUAUCCAGUCUGAGCACUUUCGAACGGAAACCUUCCCAACUGUCGCUGAGAGUUCGAAACGGCGAGCUUUAA